UUAAAAUUGAGUAACCACCCUAACUCAUCCCGAAGGCCAAAGGGAAAACCAAAUCCUCAAAGCAAGGAUCUUUCGUUGUUCCUUCCCCUGAUUUUUGCCGGAUUUCCCUUUUGGUUGUGUUCUUGGCAUUUGACAGACUCUUGUCUGAAACCCAAAAUCUCACGUUUCCUUCUGAUUCUAAAUCCCAUCAAAAGAAAGAUAAAAAGGCAAAACAAAAUCAAGAAAACCAUCAAAGUACCGAACUUUUCCCCUUCUCCAAUACUUGGUCUCUGCUCUGCCGAUUGUGUUCCCUCCAUUUCUCUUUUCCUUUUUCUUCCCUUUCCACUUUCUUUUCUUUUGCCCUCUUUGGUUUCUGGGAAAAUGGGUUAUUCCCUCUGUACAACUACAAACCAAAGCCGCCCAUGCGCGCAUCGAAUAUUAAUCUCCUCCUUCUUGUAAAAGCUGCUACCCCAUUGCUGUCUCUUCUUCUCCUUCUUCUUGUAAAAGCUGCUUGCUUCUCCAGCUGCUCCCAUUUCACUCUCCUUCUCCGCCAUUCAUAAUAGUGUAAUUAUCCGUUACAAAAUCCCCCCUCUAUUGAAAUCUCAUCCUCCCUUUAAUCCCCCACCAUUUGCGUCAUCAUCGUAAUCAUCCUUUCUCUGGCAUUUUCUCUGCUUGCUUCUUCUUUUGUUACGCGAUUCUUCUGUUGCUCUCGAGCGUCCCGAAAAUAGGAACAUUGGCAAUCAAUCAUUUCUUUCUUACCUCCCCUCGUGAGCAGAAGCUUGCAGAAAGUUCCCAUCCUUUCUCCGUUCCUUCCCCUUCCCCUUCCUCUCUCGUCUCGGUUUAGGGCUUCUUUCCCCUCCCCUGCUUUUCCAUCCCUAAUCCCCAAAAUGCUUAUUCCAGGAAAAGCCCUUUGUGAAAUCUCAAAUCUUUUCGUCUCCCCUUUUUCUGUCCGGUCAUUCUGCUUCUAGGGUUUUCUUUUGAUUUUGAUUUCGAUUUCACUUUGGUUCCGAUUCGGGAGUAGAAUCGGCAGCCUUCCGCAGAUGCCCAUUUCCGUUAUCUUCACCGGCGAUUGCGUCUAAAAUAGGAAUCUGAGAUGGGUUGUGUCCACGGGAGGUGCUGCAGCCGUUACCCGACGUCGUCGGACGACGAUUCCAAGGGAUACCGUCAAAUCGGCGCCGGGAAAAGCAAGCACUUGCUCACCCAGAUGUCCCUAGAAACCAUCUCAGUUCCUUCCCGGAACUUCAGGUUACAGUACUCUGUUUUAACUCAGCGAGGCUACUACCCUGACCAGCCGGACAAGGAGAACGAGGAUAGCUUCGUGAUCAAGACACAGCUCCAAGGGAAUCCCGACAUUCAUUUCUUCGGUGUAUUCGACGGCCACGGCCAAUUCGGCGCAAAAUGUUCCAAUUUCGUCAAGAACAGGCUAGUCGAGAUACUAGCAAACGACCCAACCCUCUCCGACGACCCAAUCACGGCUUACAAUUCGGCUUUCGCAGCGACCAACUCCGAGCUUCACAGCAGCGAAAUCGACGACAUGAUGAGUGGCACCACGGCAAUCACAGUACUCGUUGUUGGUGACACGAUAUACGUGGCGAAUGUGGGCGACUCGAGGGCAGUGAUGGCUGUCAAAAGGGGGAACAGGAUUGUGGCAGAGGAUUUGUCUUGUGAUCAGACGCCGUUUAGGGAAGACGAGUGCGAGAGGGUGAAGAAAUGUGGGGCGAGAGUGUUGAGUGUGGACCAAGUGGAAGGGCUCAAGGAUCCUAAUAUACAGUCGUGGGGGGAUGAAGAGAGCGAUGGUGGCGAUCCUCCGAGGUUGUGGGUGCAGGAUGGGAUGUAUCCUGGGACGGCAUUUACGAGGAGUGUUGGAGAUCAUACUGCUGAGCUGAUUGGGGUUAUCGCUGAGCCCGAGGUGUCUGUGGUUCAGCUCACGCAGAAUCAUGUGUUCUUCGUUGUGGCUAGUGAUGGUGUGUUUGAGUUUCUCUCCAGCCAAGUUGUGGUUGAUAUGGCUGCAAGAUAUGGUGAUCCUCGCGAUGCUUGCUCUGUGAUUGCGGGAGAAUCGUACAAACUUUGGCUGGACCAUGAGAACCGUACAGAUGAUAUUACGAUCUUAAUUGUCCAGAUUAAAGACCUGAUUAACCCAGGUAACACUGGUGGAACAGAUGGAACAGCUGUGGCCGAUAAAAGUGUAGCGAGUCCAAGGCAAGGCAAGGGAUCUGUUGAUGUUUCAAUGCGUACAGAGUCAGAAACGUGCCAAACGUUAAGAACUGACUUGUCAGACAAGCAAGGUCCAGCUAGCCGAAGCCAAGUUGUUGUUCCAGAUCCACGUCGGAGGCCCUUUGAACUGGAUGGAGGUUAGUGGUCCUAUGUUAAGAGUAAAGACCUCAAAAGGGCUCUCGUUGUUAUCUGCAUGAUGCUAGUUGUCCCAUGGAGGAUUCCUAGAUUUCAGGGUCUCAUCCUCACUGAUGUUGACGACAUACUGCUACCAAGUGCUAACCAACACAGCAGCUUUAGGAUAAUAUGGAGGACGAGACGGGCAAGCCAUAACCUUAGACCAGAAGCACAGCGGCAGCAGCUUGUCCGGGCGUAAGGGGCCGGGAGACUUCUUUGUAGUACAAACCUUUUGGAUUGCUGUGAAAUUAUAACAUUUUCGGAGCUCAACUUGUAAAAAACUCAACCCUGGUUAGAAUUCAGUGUAAUUAGCCUAUGAUUCAAUGUUGUAUCCUGUAACUCCUGCUGUAUAAUGCCCACCAUUUCAUCCAUCAAUGAUGCUGGAAAAUUUGCAGAACGGCUCUAGAAUAAUGCUACUCUUCUGUC